AUGGGUCUCCUGCAAGUUCCUUUUCUCUUCCAUCUUCCCCCCACCCUCUUCUUCUCUUCUUUUCCUUCUUUUCUUCUCUUUGUUCUCUUUUCCACAUUUUACGCAGUAGACUCGACGGUCCUGCCGUCGAAUAACUCGGCGGAUCUAUCGUGGUCGGGCCAGCUGAAGUUCCAUCUCGUCAGUACUCAAGUGGACCUUUCUGGGCCCAUUUCUCUUGCCCCGUUGACCUGGGCGCUUGUAAGCCUGAACAGGAGCCAACUUGCGACACUUGAUCUUACGGGAACCCUCGUGGAUGCGACGAAUACCCCGUCGCUGAAUGGUAGUGACAUUGCGGUCAUUAGUUGUGACCAAUCCGCCUAUCCGGGGAAAUUAGAUGCCAGUGCAACUGUAGACAUUGUUCUGAACUCGCAGCAGAGACCGUCCGCGGUUCUUCUAUAUAGUACGGUAGACUCUCAUUGCAACUACACUCGGAGCACGAGCAGCGAUUACGACUCGCUGUUUACGUUGCUGGGUACGGAUUCGGCCAAUACUCUCCUAACCCAACUCAAUUCGCUGGACAGCACUGGAACUUCGCACAUUGUCUACAACAUGUCAUCCGCGUUCAUCCCAGCGAAUACGAGUGCCGACGGAGGAGAUGGCAGUGGGCAAGCGGCUAACAGCCCAAAUACAGGUAGGCGUUGUCGGACGAGAUAUUCGACUAUGAUUAUCCUUUAUAGUAUCACAGGUAUUAUCACGGCGCUAUUCCUGUCCAUUAUCAUUACCGGCGCCAUCCGCGCCCAUCGUCAUCCCGAGCGUUACGGACCGCGGCAACGGCCAGGACGACCACGCCAAAGUCGAGCGCGAGGAAUAGCCCGGGCGAUGCUAGAAACGAUCCCGAUCGUGAAAUUUGACGAUGGCGACGAGGGCAGAGUAGAGGCCGACAAGGGAGAUCUCGAAAUGUCGAUGGCAUCCGAAGUAACCACCGCCGACGAUCAACCUCAUCAACCGCCCAUGGCGACGGGCGGCACGGCCCCUACACCCAACGAACUCCACGAAACACAACGAAACCCCACCACCACUCCAUCUCCCGAAUCGAACCAAGAGCGCCGAGCAGGCAAUGCUGAGACGGAGACCUCUGCCGAGCAUCCCAAUUUCUCUUGCCCAAUCUGUACCGAUGACUUUGUUAAGGGACAGGACAUGCGCGUUCUCCCUUGCAACCAUCAGUUCCAUCCCGAGUGCAUUGACCCUUGGUUGGUGAACGUGUCGGGCACCUGUCCUCUAUGUCGUAUUGAUCUGAACCCGCCUCAAGCCGGAGGUGAGGAUGAGACAGAAGGUACUGAAGGCGCCGCCGCGGAGACAGCCCACGACAGCACCAGCGAACGCCCUACCGAAGAAGCCCCCCACCAUCGCCACCGCCGAAUCAGCAGCUACCUGCAUAGCACAUUGAACGCCCGCCGGAUGCGCGAUGCGAGUGUCGAAGAACGACUAGCUGCGCUACGGAGUGUCCGUGAAGAAAGCUCUCGUGGCCAACCGGGAAGCGGGGAAGAGACCGCGGCGGAACAGCGACGACGCAGUCGACUGAGUGCACGCCUCCGUGAUCGAUUCCGGAUCCGUACACGGGCGCACGGCGAAGUCGCGCUUCAAGAGGAGUCCAAUUCGUAAACUUGCGCAGUGUAGGACGUACCAAAAUCCGAAAUGGAGAGAGAAAACAAAUCUCUCUCUCCAGUCCGUUUUGGUAAUAUAUGUUCUC